CAGGGGUAUAAGAUCCGGUAGCAAGCGUCCCUCGCGCAUUAAUCGUUUGGUUUUCGACCGUGCAUUGUGUCUGGUUGAUAGCAGAAGCUCCAUUACUUGCUCCAACUAUCGACUAUUCACUUUCUACCAGAGCGUAAAGCAAAUCCCUAGACUUCAAAAUGCGUGAAUGUAUCUCAAUCCACGUUGGCCAGGCUGGAGUUCAAAUUGGAAAUGCCUGUUGGGAGUUAUACUGUCUGGAACAUGGCAUUCAACCUGAUGGUCAGAUGCCAUCAGAUAAAACCAUUGGAGGAGGUGAUGACAGUUUCAAUACUUUCUUCAGUGAAACAGGUGCUGGAAAACACGUUCCCAGAGCGGUUUUCAUUGACUUAGAGCCAACAGUAGUCGACGAGGUUCGCACAGGCACCUAUCGUCAGCUCUUCCAUCCAGAACAACUGAUCACAGGCAAAGAAGAUGCAGCAAACAAUUAUGCUCGUGGGCAUUACACCAUUGGCAAGGAAAUUGUUGACCUUGUUCUAGAUCGUAUUCGUAAACUCGCAGAUCAAUGUACUGGACUCCAAGGUUUCCUCAUCUUCCACUCCUUUGGAGGUGGCACUGGCUCUGGUUUCACAUCUUUGUUGAUGGAACGUUUGUCCGUGGAUUAUGGAAAGAAGUCGAAGCUGGAAUUCGCUAUUUACCCAGCCCCACAAGUUUCCACUGCUGUGGUCGAACCCUAUAACUCAAUUCUUACCACCCAUACUACUUUAGAACAUUCCGAUUGUGCAUUUAUGGUCGACAAUGAGGCUAUUUACGAUAUCUGUCGCCGUAAUUUGGACAUCGAAAGACCUACGUACACGAAUCUAAACCGAUUGAUUGGUCAAAUCGUUUCUUCGAUCACUGCCUCGCUUCGUUUCGAUGGCGCUCUUAACGUUGAUCUGACGGAAUUCCAGACUAAUUUAGUACCUUACCCAAGGAUUCACUUCCCUCUGGUUACUUACGCCCCAGUCAUCUCCGCUGAAAAGGCGUAUCACGAACAACUUUCCGUAGCGGAAAUUACGAAUGCUUGCUUCGAACCGGCUAACCAGAUGGUAAAAUGCGAUCCUCGACACGGAAAAUAUAUGGCGUGUUGUAUGUUGUACAGAGGAGACGUUGUACCCAAGGAUGUUAAUGCCGCCAUCGCAACUAUUAAGACUAAGCGUACUAUUCAAUUUGUCGACUGGUGUCCUACUGGAUUCAAAGUUGGCAUUAACUAUCAACCACCUACCGUCGUACCGGGUGGUGACCUUGCUAAAGUUCAACGAGCUGUCUGCAUGUUGUCGAAUACUACUGCUAUCGCAGAAGCUUGGGCCCGACUUGAUCAUAAAUUCGAUUUAAUGUAUGCCAAGAGAGCGUUUGUACAUUGGUACGUCGGCGAAGGUAUGGAGGAAGGUGAAUUCUCCGAAGCACGUGAAGAUCUUGCCGCUUUGGAGAAGGACUAUGAGGAGGUUGGUAUGGAUUCCGCGGAGGGUGAGGGAGAGGGAGCCGAAGAAUACUAAACUGACUCUCGUUGAGAUUUUUGAAUAACGUACAAUUCGAAAUAAACGAAUUGAUUUGCA